UUGACGUGGUGGUGGUAAAAUGGUUCGUAGGAGGACGGUAACAUUCGUUUCCCGCGCUUUGUUGCGAGCUGUACGGUGACUGGAACUAGGAAACAAUAGCACCACUUGCACAUUGUUUGUGAUUAUUAUGGAAAAAUCACUCAUUCAGUGAUGGGUUCCGCGUCCUCGUCACCAGCGGACGACCUGCCAGGCUUCGACCUGCGUCUGCCGGAGUCAGGGUUGAGGUUCAGCAGUCAACAGGUCAGGUCGCUGAAUUCUUACGUCGACACCCUUUACGAGGAGGAUCUCAGCGGUCGGAUGUCUGUGGAGACGGAGGUGGCUAUAGAGAACUUGGUCCAGAGAAUAGUAGAUGGAGCCGGUCAGAGAGAUCCACGGUUCAGAUGCUGUCAUCUCAUUGCGCUACAUAGAGAUAAGAAGAUGCGUUCUCGUUCUUUGGAAUACCUCGUUACUCUGGACUCUCUGCCUGUCCUGAACGGCUCUGAGGAGUGUCGCCUGGUGGAGGGUCCCGUGGGAUUUGGGAAGAUCAGACUCUCGGGCAAAGAAGCAGAUAAGUGGGCUGAGUUCACUACUGCCAACGGAUAUUUGUGUAGAGACAAGUUGGUAGAGCGCUGGGUUCAGUUGGUGGCGAAGGGUGCUUGCGCCCGAGGCGGAGGAGCCUCCAGGGCUAUGAGCGCUCGAGCUGCUGCACACGCAGCGCCUGGAGAAUACUGCUAUAUAGAGAAAGUAAGUUAUCAGGCCUCCAGUGAGCGCAGGUUGGCUAUAGUGGAGGGGGCCUCGUGGGUCAUGGUCCGUGUGGGUCCGGGACAGGACGAGGCCAAGAUGAUGCUGGCAGCUCGUGUCGCUGGUUGCAGCGAACAUUCCUACACUACUAGAGUACCAUUGACACACCCUCUCGCGUUGCUGCAUUAUACCGCUGCUCAGCAUGGUUACUACGCAGCAGCCGUGGGUCCGCCUACAUCUCUAUCGAUAGCAGAUCGCAGCGCCACGUGGCAACUGUGGAAUCCGACCCUGGAGGCCACGUUAGAUGGACACUUCUCAGACCAGUCCACGGUGGCCAGGAUAGCUGGAGCCCUAAACAGUUUAGUGGACAAAAUGAGAGAGGGCUGUUUUCAGGGUUCCGCUCAUCUUUUGAGUCGCUACAGCGCUAGUUGUGCUCUUCGUCACCGUCUGCAGCGCUGUGCUGCUAUGAGAGGUGUCUCGUCAUUGUUGCCCGCCGCUCAUGCAGCUCAUCACUUGCUCAUUGUUCUAGACAAUCUGCUCCACCUGUAUGAGCGCGGCGGACCCGCAGGGUUUGUGUUUUGGUGGGCACGCGAGGCAGGGGCGCGGCGCGGGACGAGGGAUGCUGGGGGCAGGGAAGAUGCUACUGCUAUCAGGAACUGUCUCAUGUACCUACACAGAGUGGCUGGCCUUUUGUCAGUUGGCGAAGAGAUUCCUCAGACACCGUCAGAGAAGUUGGAGCUGGCGCUGUGUGGACGGGUGAGAGGCAGGGGACCGGGGGGUCCAGGGGGACCAGGGAUGAGAGACCCCGGGACGGUUGGAGGAGGCUUCUCCAAAGUACAUUUAGUGUACUUGGCUAGAGUCGCAAGAGAAUUGCUGGUGUGCAAGAAUAUGAUAAAUUAUGAUGAACCCGGCGCCUUCCGUCCUCAGCUUAACCAGCCGACGUCUGUCCCCCUAGAAGGCGUGGAACACCUCGUGCAGCUAUUGGCCGUGAUGCUGGACCAGGCACGGGACCUGUACCUCUGGGAUCGGAGGACGGCCGACGGGAGUGACCCUCAGCUGGCCGCUUACAGAUCUAAGAAGUGGAGCAAACUGAAGGAUUAUUAUGACGCGUCGUCCGCGUACCUCAUCGACGCCGUCCGCAGAGACCCUGAGCUGGUCCGCGAGGAUCUGUCGGACGAGCUCACAGUCAUGAGACAUGUCAUCAGCUGGCUGCAGAAAGGUGCGAAGGAAGAUAAGAAGUACUUGGGGCCGGUGUUGAAGCCCUAUCUACUCCAGCUACAUACCACAGCUGUCGAGAACUCCUGCUUCCUCGAAGGCUUCGAUGUCAGGAGGAGUUCAUCUGAGUUGGAUGGUUUGAAGGAGUACUGCAGGUCGGUGCUGGACGGCAAGGACGCGGGGGAGGGACUGCUACUGGCGGGGGCCAAGUACGGGUGGGCCAGGGUCAUGGUGGAACUGGUGAACAAAUAUCGACACUCAGACUUCCGCGUAGUGUUUCCGACGGGCGACGGUCUAGCUGUGUCGUACGUCGUGAAGUUACCUCCCAGAGAACGUUCUCAACUCACUCUAAGCAGACGCGACAAGGCCGAAGCCAAGCUGCGGCUGGCUCGGCGAUGUGUGCUGGCUGCCUUCAACAACGUUAUGAUCGGAAGAUCACAGUCCAAAAUGUGUCGUUACGAGAGUACAGAGGAGAUCCUUGCCAGUGUCAAAAACGGCAACUACUGGAGAAACCAUACGAAACCUGAUGUUAUUCCGAGUAGUCAAGCCCCGGCUCUCGAGCAGGCCAGGGUGAGACGAAGGUCCCGCCGGAGUAGACCGGUUACAACAUACGGCUUCCCGGAAAUCACGAUAACAAAUCAAUCAGAUAGCAAAACAUUAAGGAGGAAGUAUCACACCUUGAAGAGUCUAGUUUACUCGGAGCCGGUGGAGAGCAUAAAGGAAAUGAAGGAGAGACCGCAGUCUGCCGGGUCUACUGUCAGGAGUAAAGAGACUUUGAGUAGACCGACCAUACUGGAGACAUUAGAUUUUAUCAACAGUGUGAAAGAUGCUUUAUCUGUGGAGGAAUCAGGAGCGUCAGAUGUCGAGGAAUCAUCGUGGUCGGCUCGCGACGAGUGGGUUGUGUCCCGGGCCAGCCCGCUGGGUGUGAUGAUGUCACGGGGGGGAGUCCUGCAUCUCGCACUAGGGGAUCUGGUGCCCGCGAUGCUGCACGCGGGGAAGUUUUCGACUCUACAGGAGCUAUGUCCGCGCCUGGGACCCGCGAGUGAGGGUGCAUUGUUCGCUCUCCACCGUCUGGCGAGGGCUGCGAGGGCGAGGAGCGCGGAGAGACACACAGAUACAUGGAGGCUCCCUGACCGCGAAGGUCCCCCGGAGCCCCCCCAGCGAUACCGCGCGCGGUCCCCCGACCACGUGACCGACGACGAGACCCCUCCGCCCCUCCCCCCACCACCACCACGUUACAACGAUAGACAGCCUCAGUAUCCUGACUUCACGCCCAAGCCGCUCCACACGGACCGGCUGGACCUGUCCCGGCUGACUCUGAACACCAACCAGAGCUUCACCGGGGUCAUCAACCCGCUGUACGACAUCAGGCUGCCCAAAGACAGCUUCAGCGUGAAGCGCACCAAGUCCAUAGGGAGGAGUCUGAGCACCAGGAGCCUCGGCAUAGACAUCCCUCGAUACAACCUGGACCUGGGGCUCAGGAAACGGAACGACGUCGCCACCGCCCUCGGCGACACCACCGGCGAGACCGGGCUCGACGUUAAGAACAGUGCGUACCAGAAAUACACGAUCUCCGGCGUCGUCGGGGACUCCUACCGGCAGAGCAGGGCCACCAUAGACUAGCUCACCCGCACAGAUUAAACAUAUACUAUAGCCAUUUAAUGUACAAUCAUAAUGCUAUGUUCUUGUUUAUGUUUACCUUUGUUACGGGUUGAUAUUUAAUAAAUCCUGUUUGUUGUA